AUGGCACCUACAGCUACAAAAACUGCAAAUAGAUCAAACCACCCAAAUGAAACGAAAGGAAAAAUCAUUACUUGCAAAGCUGCUGUGGCAUAUGGUCCAGGAGAACCCUUAGUAGUAGAAGAAAUUAUUGUGCAUCCUCCUCGAAAAAUGGAGGUUCGAAUCAAAAUCCUGUAUACUUCCAUUUGUCACACCGAUCUCAGCGGUUGGCAAGGCGAGUCCGAACCUCAACGUGCUUUCCCUCGAAUUUUCGGGCAUGAAGCCUCCGGGAUUGUGGAGAGUGUAGGGGAAGGAGUGAGUGACAUGAAAGAAAGGGACUAUGUGGUGGUAAUAUUCAACGGAGAAUGUGGUGAGUGUGUGUACUGCACGUGUGAGAAAACCAACAUGUGUGAGAAAUUUGGGGUGAAUCCAAUGAAGAAGGAAAUGUGUGAUGGAACAAGUAGGUUUAGUACAAAAGAUGGUAAAGCUAUUUUCCACUUUAUGAACACUUCAACUUUCACGGAGUAUACUGUCGUCGAUUCAGCUUGUGUUGUUAAGAUCAAUCCUCAGUAUACAUCAAGUCUCAAGAAUCUCACCUUGCUUAGUUGUGGAGUUUCAACAGUCAUGUGUAUUAGCAACAAGUCAGAUUCUGAAAAUUUGGUGGAGCAGGAUCUUUGGUCUUUACGAAAGAAAAUUAUAGCAUCUAGAAUGUCCAGAAAACAGGAGAAAUAA